AUGGCUUCAGUUACGCAACACACUCACGCUGCAUCAGGUUCUCAAUCUGCUACAGCUCAUACAGCUGUUGCCGAUAAUGUCCAUGUUAAAUCUGUCGUUAGCACUGAAACACAAUCAAAAGUUAGCAUGGAAAACACAGCGAAGAUGAAUCAGUUGAUGGCUAGAUUAGGUUCAACACAUACACAAAUUGAUGACUAUUCACGUAAACGAACCGAACAAAUUAGUGAAGAAGUACGAGCUGCUAUAGCAAAAAUUGUUGCCGAAACACAAAUUCAACAACAAUCAUUACUACAAGACGCUAAUGUACGAUCAGCUGAAAUUGAACAAGAAUAUAAAUUAAAAUUACAAAGUUAUGUCGAAGAAUUAGAUGGAGCUAAAGCAUUGAAUUUAUCAACAUUAGAAAAAGAUCUAAAUUUACGUCAAGAACAAAUAUUGGAAAAUGCACGACGACGUAUUGAUGAUUUAAAUGAAGAAGCAAAUCGAUUAAAAAUGGGAGUUUUGAGAGAUGCACAAGCUCAAACAAAUGCAAAAAUUGAAUCAAUUACAGAUCAAGUUGCUGCUUUAGGCCAAGAAGAUGCUAGCCGUCGAUUGGCUUCGACAACAACUACGGUAAUAACAACACAAGCUAAAUCGGCCAGUGCUCAUCAUGCAGAAGCUGUCGUAGUUGGAGGUACUACAGCAACAAACACCGAAGUUCAUGCCAGUAGCCAUACAAAAACGCAUUAG